AUGCAUUUUUCCAUACCCGACACAGAGGUUCGUUCGGGAGAAAACGGUUCGACCUACGUGGCCUACAACAUCCAUGUCAAUGGUGUGCUGCACUGUCGGGUACGCUAUAGCCAACUUCUUGGCCUCCAUGAACAGAUAAAGAAAGAAUAUGGAAGCAAUGUGGUGCCUGCCUUCCCCCCAAAGAAGAUCUUCACACUGACCCCUGCUGAGGUCGAACAGAGAAGAGAACAGCUGGAGAAAUACAUGCAAGCUAUCCGUCAGGAUCCCUUGCUUGGAGCCAGCGAGUCGUUCAACAGUUUCUUAAGGAAGGCACAACAGGAGACCCAGCAGAUCCCCACAGAAGAGGUUGCAAUAGAAAUCUGCCUCUGUAAUGGCCAGAAGGUCACAGUCAACAUUCUCACAUCAUAUAAGACGGAAGAUGUGCUUGAUGCUGUUGCAACAAAGCUUGACCUCCCAGAUGACCUUGUUGGUUACUUCAGUCUUUUCCUGGUUCGUGAAGGUGUGGAUGGAAGUUUAUCGUUUGUGCGGAAGUUGCAAGAAUUUGAGCUGCCCUAUGUAUCCAUUACCAGCUCGCGGAGCUCAGAAUUUCACAUAGUCUUACGGAAAAGCUACUGGGACAUGGCAUAUGAUAGUGAUGUAAUGGAAAACCGAGUUGGCCUGAAUUUGCUUUACGCUCAGACAGUAUCUGACAUUGAGCGAGGCUGGAUACUCGUCAACAAAGACCAGCACAGGCAGCUCAAAUCGUUGCAGGAGAAAGGCUCCAAGAAAGAAUUCAUCCAUCUAGGCCAGACUCUCAAAUAUUAUGGCUAUAUUAAGUUUGACCCUUGUGUCACUGACUUCCCCGAGAAGGGCUGCCAAGUCAUCGUCAGCGCCGGAAACAAUGAGCUCAACUUCCAUGUCAAGCUGCCUAAUGAACAGAUGAAAGAAGGGAGCUUCAAAGUUACUCGCAUGAGGUGCUGGCGAAUCACAUCUUCUCAAGUUCCAAUUGCCAACGGUACAACCAAUCCCUGCAGCUCGGGUCAAUUUGAGAUCAAACUAGAGCUCUCCUUUGAGUACCUGAUGAGCAAGGACCGCCUCCAGUGGGUCACCAUCACCAGCGACCAGGCUAUCAUGAUGAGUAUCUGCCUCCAGUCUAUGGUGGAUGAAUUAAUGGUAAAGAAGUCCGGUGGCAGCAUAAAAAAGAUGCUGAGGAAACGACACAAUGGCUCCAUCCACCGGUCUGACAGUCAGCAAGCUGUGAAAUCUUCCCCUCUACUGGACUCCCCUGAUGCAAACCGUGAACAAAUUGUCAAACUCUCAACCAAGCUGACAUCAGUGUCUCUCAGAGGGAUCAGCGCCUCCAACUCGGCAAACAACAUCAGCAACUAUGCUUUCGAGGGAAUUGGGGACGAUGACCUGUAACCCACAAUUCCCCUUCCUCCCCUUCUCAUUCCACUGUUAACGACAAAGAUUACAAGCUGAGCUGAGCCGAGCCGAGCGGUCCACGCAGGCGUCUGAUUCUGCAAGAUUGUAGCUUCUUCCGGGAGAAUUUGCUGCCUUAAGCUCUCAUUUAAUCUUUGACGGUGACCUUUCAUGUUUUAGACUCUGAAGGGUAAUCUUGAUUUGCAUUUUAGUUACAAUCAUCAUAUCAUCCAGCUCUCUUAUUGAACUUAUCACGUCAUUAACGUACGUUAUUCGAAGAUCCUGGAUUCUUCCCUGACUGGCUGCAUGUUUCCAACCAGAGAGCCAACUGUUUGGUUAGACCCGGCACUAGAGAAGAUACAGCAGAACUGGACGCAAUUGUUCUGGAAGUGACCAGGCAUAUUUCUGAGAAUGUUCUCUUUAACUCAAAAUGUAGAAUAUUUAGAGCAACUGCUUAGCUGCGUGACGAUCAAUGUUCGGCUUUGCUAUAUACCAAAAUGCUUCCUCUGAUGUCAGUGGUCCUCUUGUGCGUCAUGCUACAUGUGUGCCAAGUUAACAGAGAUCAUCAGCAGGGGUUCAUUUUAUAUUAGACAUUAGAGUCACUUGUAUUCAGAUGUAGUUCGAGGCCUUAACUUGCUUUUUUUAAGUAUAUAGUUUCUGGGGUCACCUUCUCACGUGGGUUGAAACUAAAGAGAUGUUAACUAGAAUCUUGCAGAAUUUAAUGGAUGGUUGAUUUGGUUGAGCUGCUUGCACUUGCUGAACCCAUCGUUUUUGCACAGUAUAACCGGUGGAGAUGAAUGUUUGAGCAUGAAUUUUUAAACGUGCGUAGACUCUUAUCCUGGGGGGCUCUGUAAAUCCAUCUGAUUUUUUUUAACAAUUUUUUUUAAAGGUUUCUCAUAAAUGCCAAAUUAUAGUUUACUAAAGCAUUUUGCACAAAAUAAACAUUUAAAAAAGUCACUUUUUAUAUUAUGUACAUGCAAUUAAGUAUUCUGAACAUUUACUAAUAUCUUUAUCAUCUAGCUUAUUGUAAUCAGAUCUAAUGUAAUCUAAGCUGUAUGAAACAAAGUUUAAAUGGACCAACAUUUAUCAUGUUUACAUAAUGUUUUAGUUGAAAUGGAAAUUGUUUACAAAUUUUUGCAUCUGAUUUUGAUUUGUGUUCUUUUUUGGGGGAAGCGAUGGCGUCGUGGGGCUUCAGUUCAUUGUAAUUUGUUCGUACGUUGUUCCAGUCAUCUCAGAGGAUUUGGUAAAAGGUGCUUUGAUGAAGCGGCUAAUGUGAUCAUAAUUGCUGGAGUGAACAAAAUUUUAAAGAGUGAACAUAUCCCUCUGUUUUAUAAGGUGUGUUAUUCCAUUUUAUUUUUUUUUUUAAUUGCUGUCAACUUGACUUAUUUCAUGCCAGCAGAUUUUAAAGACGCUAACUGUAAAUCAGUGCCAACCUAUCAACAGCUUUACUGUCACUUUUAGCCAGAACUGCAAACAAAAAUGUUCUCAGUAUAAUUGUCUUGUUCUUUCACUGGUGUGAUUCUUCUGUUCGGUUGCUUUCACCGUAGGGAGACACGGUCGCAGCGAUUCAUAUAUAUUUUCUCUGUUCCUGUCGAUAUCAAGUACACAAAGCUGCAAGGUCCUUGAUGUUAGUGUAUGUGUAGGUGCCAAAUUUUUCUAAUGUGCUGUUUUAUUUUUUUUUCUUUAGCAUUGCUUUUGAAGGAAAUGUUA